CGAUAAUUGGUCGCGGCGGGCUUAUGACCCGACCCGAUGUCCAGUUAUUUAUAUUUAGGGAACAAAAAAACAGAUUUUUAUUCUGAGAUCGAAACUGACGGAGCCGGAGCCGGCGGCGGAGGAGAGUGUCCGACAAGAGAAGCAGCUUGUGACGGUGGCUUAGGGUAAUGGUCGACAUGGAUAAUCACUAUGCUCUUUAAUACUUUCAAUAUAAAGAUUCAGGCACAAAUAGAAGAAGAAGAAGAAGAAGAAGAAGAAGAAAGCUAUAAUAGGGUGUCAUUGUCUGAAUCUUAACAACCUUGUUGUCUUGUCUAUACACAACUUAGAUGUUUAGGAUUUUAAUUCUGAUGUUUCAUGUCUUAUCACUCUUCCAAAUUCAAUUCUAGUGGUUUUGGAUAAUAGUGUGGUGAGAACCAAGUAAUCCAAGCUCAAGAAAACAGUAGCAAAACAGUAGAAAAUUAUAUUGAAUAUAUUAUGAGAAAAGCUCCUUAGGCCCCUUUGAUUUGCAUACCCCAAACAAAGUGAUAAGACUCUGUUUCGAUCAACCAAACCAGUAGCAAUUAGCACAACACAGCAGUAAGAAUAGUAGCAGAAAAACAAACUCUACUGAGGAUUGGGUUUGAUGUUGUAUUUGUUGCUGUAAUUCUUUUUCUUUUUUUAUUGAUUCAUCAGUAUGAAUAUCUGCAACCUUUUGUGAAUUUGUGUGUUUUUUUCUAAAUGGUUCAUUGCUAUGUGCAUUUUCAGCAAAAUCUGAUAAAAACCAAAAAGAACAAAAAAAAAAAAAAAAUAAGCAACGAUUAUGCUGUUUGACAAGAGCAGCAUUCAGGAGACUCACUAUGACAUUUUAUCUGUCAAAGAAGAUGCAACUUAUGACGAAAUACGCAAAUGCUACCGAUCUGCUAUUCUCAAGUCUCAUCCCGAUAAGUUGCAAAACGAAUCUGAGAUGAUUUCUCCUCUAGGAGGCAAUGGCAAUGGCAAUGGUUGUUUGACUUCAGAGGAAAAUUUUCUCAAGGUACAGAAGGCUUGGGAAAUACUCAGCAAUCCAAAGUCACGCUCGGUUUAUGAUAAUGAGUUACGACGAGCUUUAAGGCAGGAUGAUGAUGAUACAGAAGAAGAAGUGAUCUUAGAAGAUAUGAUGGUUGAACUUGAAGAUGAAGAUGAAGAAGAAAGAAAUACGAUUCAAUUUUUUAACCAAUGCCGGUGUGGUGAUUACUUCUCUGUUGAUUCUUCAGAGUUAUCGAAAAUGGGGUAUCCUUUGUUGAUGAAGAGGAAAGGUGGGACCAAGAUAAUAUCUUUACAAACAACAAUGAAUGAUGAUAAUAGUGAAGAUGGUUGUGAUGCUUUACCACCACCAGCCUCAAUUCUACUUCCAUGUGGAUCUUGUUCUUUGAGAAUCAAAUUAUUAAUCAAUCCAGGUUUUUGUGUAUCCAUUCAUUAAUGAUUAAAUAACACACACAUGAAUUAUUGAUUCAAAAUCUUUGAUGGGUUUUUUUUAUAGACAUACAUAUAAUUCUUCUAAGUAAACAAAAUCAUAAUUUUGAAUUC